CCAAGCAACAGAGUCGAAGUCAACACACAAUGGGCUGCAACACGAGUCAGGAGCUGAAGACAAAGGAUGGCGCCGCCAUCGAUGCGGUCAGUAAUGGGGAACCGGAGCCGAGUGCUCCACAAUUGGAGCUGGCGGAUGCUGGAUCAAAGUCCUCAAACAAUCAUACAAAUCACGCCAAAUCAAAUUCAAUUAUCUCCAAUGGCGACGCUAAGUCGACAACGAACGCCAAUGGAGGCAGCGCAGCAACGACGACAGCAACAAAUGGCAUCGACCGUUCGUGCGAUAAGGCGGAAAUCUCAGAACUCAAUGACGAUGUCGAGGAUGAAGCAAAAGCCGCAACAAAAAUUCAAGCCGUAUUUCGAGGCCACAAAGUGAGAGAAACCAUGAAAAAAUCGGAAACCAAAACUGCAACCAACAAUGGCAGCGCCGUCGCCGCCUCUGCCGCCAAUGCUGCCGCUGAGGCAGCUGCCGCAUCUGCAGAGCCGACUAAAGCGGAGCUCGAGGCUGAAUUUGAUCCGAACGACAAAGAUCUGUGCCAUGCUGCACUGAAGAUUCAAUCCACUUUCCGUGGCCAUUUGGCACGCAAGCUGGUCAACAAGGAUGAGCCAGAGGAUGAGGAUAUCCAGGAGAUAACCAAAAAGGUGGCCGAGGAACUGGACAUUGAUCUAACCGAUCCGGAGUUGAACAAGGCAGCUACUAAAAUUCAAGCCUCGUUCCGCGGCCACAAGACUCGCAAAGAAGCCAAUCCCGAAUAAGACGAGCACUGAAAACUAUUUGAAUUUGUUGGUGUUGGCUGUCAAAGCAGUCUACAAAAAAGUAAAUGAAAAGAACUUUAAAAGAAAGAUAAGAAACAAAAAUGGAAAUUUGGUAAAAUGUAACUGUGCAAAGCCAUUUAAGAAGCCUGCACUCUUGUAAACUUUUUAGUAAAUAUGUUAAUUAAUUACAAUUAAUAUCUAUGAGCCGUAACAAUUGUCAUUAUAAUAAUAUAAAUAUUAAUUCAUUUACUUAUAAGCAAUAUAAAAAACUCGAUUCAUAGACAAUUAUAGCAAGCGCUUGAGUUAUUAUUAUUAUUAUCAUUUUAGAUGAUUUGAAGCAUAAUUUAACAUUUAGAAGUAGAGAGUUUAAAAUGAAUUGAUAUUUCAUGUGGAAUGAUUUGCCAGCGUUUUUCUGCAUAAAUUCUAUAAAAAGCCCGACCCGAGCCAAUUAUUAGCUAAAAAUUUAGCAAUAAAUUUAAAUUUUUAAAUUAUUUCUUUACUCAUUGUUCAAAUUAAUACAAUUGAAAUUUACAUAGCAAUAUAUGGACAAGCAUUUCGCUAACGCUUUUUAAUCAAUUUUCUUCUUAAGUAUAUAUUUCUUGAAACUCUUUUGAGAAAUGUCUUUCGAAUUAUUAACUGUCUAAUUUCAAAACGAAGUUUAAUAAAAAACAGAUGCUUUAACUAAUGGUGAAGCAGUGUUAAUAAUGUAACUUGCAAAGCAUGUUAAAAAGGCACGAUGUUCCAAAAUUAUUGUAGGGCAAACAAUAAAGACAAACUUAAGGGAAAUGCUGAAACAUUUUUGAAAUCUAACCGAUUUGUCUGGCCAAAGCCAAAACCUAAACCAAAUGCAGUGUAUUGUUGUACCUACAUUAACAAAAA